AUGGAAGAUAAUCCCAAAUCUAUACAAGAAAAGCACACCCAAAAUAUUAGUCUAGAGAAGUCUGUCCUGACAGAAACUAAGGAACAAGAUAUCGCCAGAAUCCAGAACAUUCUCUAUAAUAUUUUUGAUGUGAAAGAAGGAAUUGAGCCGUUGGAUUCAGACUCUGAAAAUUUUCAAGAAAAAAGUUGAGUUGACAUUCAUUUAGAAGAUUUUGAAGAUGGGAAGUUUGCAAAAAGUUUAAAAUAUCUCAAGUUCUUUGAUAUAUGUCGGUUUUAUUCUAAGAAUAUUGAUUCUAAGAAUAGGUAUUUUGGAGAUUUCUUAGAAUCCUCAUUCCCAAAUAAAAUUAAUUCGCUCAUGUUUGUAUCCAGUACUAAAAUGGUUCUUAACAGGUCAAAUUACUUAAACCCUCUGAUAAACCUCAGUUAUCAAGUCAACAGCGAUGUUAUAUUUUAUCGCUUCAGCAUUGGGUUCCCCCAAUUGAAGAGGCUGGUGGCAGCUUACAAGCAUGUGAGCCGUUUGGAAUUUAAAUAUUGCAAGUUAUCUAUUCCAAGUGUUCCUAAUUUUUCAAACGCUCUUACGAAUUGCCAAAUCCAGGAACUAAGUUUUGAAGGAUCAGGAACAACUGGCUUAAGUGAUUGGGCAAAAGACUUCGACCAAUUUGAGAACUUAAUACAAGGAUUAGCAAGUUCGUCAGAUUUAAGAUUAAGUCUCGAAAAGAUGGUAAUCUAUAACUGUGGAGUAAACCCAAAAGAAUCUGAACAAGUUUUUGGAAAAAAUCAACUCGACAAUGUGAGAAUAAUUACCUAUUAUUAAAUGUUGGUAAAUUUUUAUUUUACUGCCUUAGAAAAAUG